AUGAAUAUGAUUGUACUCUUUCUUCUGGCCGUGCAAAUGCACAGUGUGGUGUCAGAGAAAUACGAUCUGUGGCAUAUGCGAGUGGUGGACUAUCAAGAUUCAAAGCUCUACAUGUACUAUGAGGACGGUGGUAUGGCUGACGACUACAUCUACUCCUACAGCACCAACAACAGCAGAGUAGUAGUACCCGUACAGGACUGGUUGAGAAAACUCACAGCAGAAGAUCCUCAGUACUGGCAGAGAGCGACCGAGAAGGCUGUUGCUCGUUUUCACUUAGGUGUGUGGAGUUCUGGAUGUGAAUUGAAUGAUGAGACUGAUGAGAUCAGAGGUUGGUAUGCGGAAGACUUAGGAUUUGAUGACGGGCCAUUGCGGCAUUGGACCUUAGCAAAGGAUCAAGGGGAUCACGUCAAGCUGAUCUGGGAAGAUAACAAGCCUCCCCCAGUCACCUUGAAGUUCUACACUGAGGAGUGUCCUUCUGUCUUGAGGAUGUUUGUGAGCAUCUUAACAAGAACAGAGCUUCCAAAGGUGUCCCUACUCCAGGAGACACCAUCUUCUCCGGUCAGCUGCAACGCAACAGGUUUCUACCCCGACAAAGCCGUCCUGUUUUGGAGGAAAGACGGCGAGAAGCUGCACGAGGGCGUGAAGCACGGAGAAAUGCUCCAAGACGGAACCUUCCAGAUGUCUGUGGACCUGAACGUGAUGGCCGACAUGGAUGGCAAGUACGAAUGUGUGUUUCAGCUGACUGGUGUCAAGGAGGACAUCGUCACCGAGCUGGAGAGCAGAAGCAUCCUGAGCAACGCGAGCGGUGAAGACCUCAAUACAACCACCUCUGGUAAAACCAGCCAAGCGACCUCAUGGCCUACCACCAUCACUGUCAGACCAACUACCAGCGGUACUUCCAAUGGCAACCAAAUUGGUACCUGGCCAGACACAACCAUUGAAGCAACCACCCGACCCAGUCUCAGCAACUCGGACGCGCCAACAACCAGCGGUACUUCCAAUGGCAACCAGAUUACUACCUGGCCAGACACAACCAUUGAAGCAACCACCCGACCCAGUCUCAGCAACUUGGACGCGCCAACAACCAGCGGUACUUCCAAUGGCAACCAGAUUACUACCUGGCCAGACACAACCAUUGAAGCAACCACCCGACCCAGUCUCAGCAACUUGGACGCGCCAACAACCAGCGGUACUUCCAAUGGCAACCAGAUUACUACCUGGCCAGACACAACCAUUGAAGCAACCACCCGACCCAGUCUCAGCAACUUGGACGCGCCAACAACCAGCGGUACUUCCAAUGGCAACCAGAUUACUACCUGGCCAGACACAACCAUUGAAGCAACCACCCGACCCAGUCUCAGCAACUUGGACGCGCCAACAACCAGCGGUACUUCCAAUGGCAACCAAAUUGGUACCUGGCCAGACACAACCAUUGAAGCAACCACCCGACCCAGUCUCAACAACUUGGACGCGCCAACAACCAGCGGUACUUCCAAUGGCAACCAAAUUGGUACCUGGCCAGACACAACCAUUGAAGCAACCACCCGACCCAGUCUCAGCAACUUGGACGCGCCAACAACCAGCGGCACUUCCAAUGGCAACCAAAUUGGUACCUGGCCAGACACAACCAUUGAAGCAACCACCCGACCCAGUCUCAGCAACUUGGACGCGCCAACAACCAGCGGCACUUCCAAUGGCAACCAAAUUGGUACCUGGCCAGACACAACCAUUGAAGCAACCACCCGACCCAGUCUCAGCAACUUGGACGCGCCAACAACCAGCGGUACUUCCAAUGGCAACCAAAUUGGUACCUGGCCAGACACAACCAUUGAAGCAACCACCCGACCCAGUCUCAGCAACUCGGACGCGCCAACAACCAGCGGUACUUCCAAUGGCAACCAGAUUACUACCUGGCCAGACACAACCAUUGAAGCAACCACCCGACCCAGUCUCAGCAACUCGGACGCGCCAACAACCAGCGGUACUUCCAAUGGCAACCAGAUUACUACCUGGCCAGACACAACCAUUGAAGCAACCACCCGACCCAGUCUCAGCAACUUGGACGCGCCAACAACCAGCGGUACUUCCAAUGGCAACCAGAUUACUACCUGGCCAGACACAACCAUUGAAGCAACCACCCGACCCAGUCUCAGCAACUUGGACGCGCCAACAACCAGCGGUACUUCCAAUGGCAACCAGAUUACUACCUGGCCAGACACAACCAUUGAAGCAACCACCCGACCCAGUCUCAGCAACUUGGACGCGCCAACAACCAGCGGUACUUCCAAUGGCAACCAGAUUACUACCUGGCCAGACACAACCAUUGAAGCAACCACCCGACCCAGUCUCAGCAACUUGGACGCGCCAACAACCAGCGGUACUUCCAAUGGCAACCAAAUUGGUACCUGGCCAGACACAACCAUUGAAGCAACCACCCGACCCAGUCUCAACAACUUGGACGCGCCAACAACCAGCGGUACUUCCAAUGGCAACCAAAUUGGUACCUGGCCAGACACAACCAUUGAAGCAACCACCCGACCCAGUCUCAGCAACUUGGACGCGCCAACAACCAGCGGCACUUCCAAUGGCAACCAAAUUGGUACCUGGCCAGACACAACCAUUGAAGCAACCACCCGACCCAGUCUCAGCAACUUGGACGCGCCAACAACCAGCGGCACUUCCAAUGGCAACCAAAUUGGUACCUGGCCAGACACAACCAUUGAAGCAACCACCCGACCCAGUCUCAGCAACUUGGACGCGCCAACAACCAGCGGUACUUCCAAUGGCAACCAAAUUGGUACCUGGCCAGACACAACCAUUGAAGCAACCACCCGACCCAGUCUCAGCAACUCGGACGCGCCAACAACCAGCGGUACUUCCAAUGGCAACCAGAUUACUACCUGGCCAGACACAACCAUUGAAGCAACCACCCGACCCAGUCUCAGCAACUCGGACGCCCCCCGUCCAAUUCCUGGUCACAGCAAAGUCCAGGAAGAAAACUUGAGCGUCACGGUCGCUGUUGUCACGGUGGGGGUCGUUGCUGGGGCUGUCCUUCUGUCGGCCAUCAUCUUUGGGAUUGUCAAGCGUUACAGACACACUCACCGUACCUACUGGGUCAACAGGCCGACUGAAAACUGGGUCGAAGUGGCCAUGCGGCAUCUGAGGCUUACUCGGUCUGACUCGGAGUCUGGGUCUGAGUGAGACACAGCAGCUGGCACACAGAACACAAAGAUGUCUCCAUCGCUGAGGGGACAUCAUCUCACUUGGAGAUGAAGUGGAGAUGUUCUUUGUUCUUCAUGAUACAUAUACCUUAUACUCAUAUUUUACUGUUACAUCAUGCAAUGUCUUUGCUGGGUACUUAAAAACCCUGUUAUGAUCAUAUCAUGUUUUGUUGUUUCAGAUUGAUUUAGGUCCUAGUGUGCGUGUUGCUUUAAAUGCUAACUAAUAGUAGUGGAAUCGCUGCUAUUUAUUGAUGAUAAUCACAUAGUGUCACAUUUAUUUUAAUAAAUCAAUUUGUUCAUUCCGGCUCCAGAAGGAGGAACAGUCAGAAAGUGAUGUUGAGAGAAAAAUACAAGAGAACAAGAUACAUUUUGAAGUUUUCACAGCAUACACUGAACGCCAACUAAGAUGAAAACUGUGAAAUAAAAGUAAAACAGAUAUUACAGAUUAACAGAUAUUACUUUAAAUUACUUACAAUAUUGAUAGGCCAAAAAAUGGAAUUGUCAAUAUUAAAGUCAAAGGUUCUAUUGGCAAACAGACAUUCAAAGCAGCACCAUUCCAGUGUGACCACAGUGUUGUCACUUCUUUGCUAGUUAAGUCAUUUCAUGGUUUUACCUUCGAUCAGAAGCCUUUAAUAGUUAACUUUUUUUACACGAGUGUUAAAAAGUGAGAUGUGUGCAUUACUCCAGUGUCAUUUAUUGUUACAUUUAAGAUGUUUUAUUUUUGGAAUGGUAAGCUUUCUUAAAGAGAACUGCAAUUUUUAGGGAAUUUUGCCUAUUGUUCACAAUCUUUAUGAAAGACAUGACGAUGAAUGGAUUUAAAAAAAAAAAAAAAGUAUUGUAACCCGUAAAUAAAUGUGAAUAAAAGUCUACUUACAGUGUAGCUUAUAGGGCGUCCUCUAUUCUACCCAUAAAACCCAAUUAAUAACGAUCCAAAAAACAGCCAACAAUACUCCAUUUACAUUUCCAUCUAUCCAUUUUCGACCGCUUGUCCCUUUCGGGGUCGCGGGAGUGCUGGAGCCUAUCCCAGCUGCAUUCGAGCGGAAGGCGGUGUACACCCUGGACAAGUCGCCACCUCAUCGCAGGGCCAACACAGAGAGACAGACAACAUUCACUCACAUUCACACACUCGGGACUAUUUAGUGUUCCCAAUCAACCUAUCCCCAGGUGCAUGUCUUUGGAAGUGGGAGGAAGCCGGAGUACCCGGAGGGAACCCAUGCAGUCAGAGGCGAACAUGCAAACUCCACACAGAAAGAUCCCGUGCCCGGAGAUUGAACCAAGGACCUUCGUAUUGUGAGACACAUGCAUGCACUACCAUGCUUUACCGUGCUGCCCCAAUUACAUUUUGUGACUUGAAUAUUAACUAAGAAUUAGUGAGAUUGGUAUUAUAACGCAGACAAACUAUUUCUUGAUCACAAGAUUGUGUGUAAUGUUGACAUGAUCGCCUGAUCAGCUACUUCCUCAGUGAUGUAUUUGAAAA